UAACGAUCCUCUUUAAUCGAUUCUUUAUGAUUUUACAUUCUUUGAGAGUUUAAUAUAGCUAUGAUUAUUUCGGAAUUCAUGAUAUACAAUAGCUGCCGAUAAAGGUACUUCAUGUAAAGGCUGUGAAUAUGAGUUCAUCUAUGGCUGUAGGUGUAGCAGUCUCGGCAACGUUUGUACUCUUAAUUGUAGGGCUAAUCAUCCUCGUGUGUGUUCUAGCCAAUCGGAGUCCGCGGAAGCGUCAAGGAAUGGCCAACACUGUCAAAAAAGGCACCCAAAAUAUCAAAAAGAAAGCUGUGCAAAUAAAAGAAGAGAAGUCGAGAGAUGGCUGCUGCGCCUGUUUGCCAUGUUGCAGAAAAAAUCGCAUAGAGGGACCUGUACCUGAUCCUCCAUUUGGUGUUGAGUUAAGUGACCCCACAUCUUCUGAAAUAACAAUUUUAUGGAACGAACCUACGACCGGACAAGGCGCCGUUCCAAUACUGGGGUACAAUGUGUAUAAAAGAUUUAAAAGCAACUAUGAAACUUUAACAAAAGUGGGAAAGGUGACUGGAGAUCAACUAGAAUACCGUAUAAAAGGUCUGACUGCAAACAGGAUGUAUAUUUUUGGUGUUUCUACAAGGGGCUCUAAUGGAGAGAGCAAUAUUGUUGAUUCACAAACUAUAACCCUUAAAAAGGAUCCAGUAACACCAGGAGCACCUACAGAGUUUGAAGCGACCACUCAAACCAGCUCAACUAUCACAUUAUGUUGGAAACCACCAAGGAAAGAUGGAUAUGCUAGGAUAGAACGUUACUAUAUCAUGAUAAAGGAUCUGGAUAGCAAAUCUGACUGGAAUCACUUAACAAAACUACAGGCGUUUGACAGAUUUAUGGAUUUUAAAGUUACGGGUCUAAAACCUAAUCAUCAGUACAGAUUUAGAGUAAACGCUGAAAAUUCAGCUGGUCUGGGACCAUAUGCAGAAACAGUUAACGUUGAGACAAGCGACAUUGAACCGGCACCUCCUGAAAAACCUAAUGGUCCAAUUAAAUAUGGGAAAACUUCUCCGUCUUCUGUUACAUUAUCAUGGCAACCGCCGGAACAAGAUGGCGGAAAACCUCUUUCCGGUUAUGCUAUAGAAUACAAAGAAAAGAAUGAGAAAGGCUGGCAUAAAGCAGGUGUUUGUGAUGCUAGUCAUACGAAGUUUACAGUAUCAUCGUUACAAGAAGAUACUACAUACAUAUUUAGAAUAGUUGCAAUAAAUGUAAUAGGAAACAGUAAAGCAUUGGUCGGUGGUAAAAUACGAACGAAACUUCUGGAAAUUCCACUGUCACGCAGAUCAUCUGUUAUUCUGGCAAGUCGGGGCUCAUCUAGAGGUUUACCGGCUGGUAGAAACAUAGGGUCUAGCCUCGGUGAAAGGCCACUGCGUGAUUUAGAAGCAGGGACCAAUUCCAAAAGAAAUACAACAGUUAUAACUAAAACAGAUGAAACAAAUGCUCUUCGAAAUAAAUUAGAGAACCUAGAUUUGCAACUGGAAGCUGAUCCGUUUGUACCUAAAAGUGACUUUUUCACGUACAAUGAGACAGACUAUCCGGGAAGUCUCUCUCACAGGCAUGGGGACAAUAAAACCCGGCACUCUCAUCUGUCUCCGUUACCGGCACCUCCCCCGGAAUCUGACUUAAUCGGUAAAACCAAAAAGCGUUCCGAAAAUUCAGAAAUUCCAGAAAAGCGGCGGCAUUCUGUCUAUUCGCCCCUACCGAGACCAAAGUCGUUCCGUGACCAUAGCAGAUUAACACAAAGAGGCGAAAGUGACACAGAGUCAGGCGAUAAUCAAGAACAUGCAGAAAAUGAGGAAGCUAAUUAUCGAGAAAAUGACACUAAUGGCUUUGCAAAUACCAAAACUGGGCAGCAAAGUCAAAACAAUGAUAUUCAAGACACUAUGAAUCAGACAAAUAUUAUAAAUGGCGUUUAUACAUCACGUGACGUAAUACGUCAUCAGCCAACUCCUUCAAAUAUAGCUUAUAAGCAUAGUCGUUUUUGAACCUUGUUUGAAAAUGGCGAUCUCCAGACAUCGCUUAUACACACACCGUUAAAUAAGUAAUUUGUAUCUUACGCCUGAUCUUAUUCAUAAGUGUUGGAUUUUUUUGGAUACUUUCUUUUGUUAACAUAUACAAUGUACGUAGAUUAUAGUUAUUUAUUAUCUUGGAUGAUUUCAUAAUUAAAUGAUAGUUGUAUUACAUGUAAAACUGUCAUAUGUUGCCAUCAUGUUGAAAAGGUACAAUUUAAGAAUUUAUAAUGUUUUCAAUAUUUCAGUUACAACUAACUUAUGGUUUCAUCAAACACCUGGAAAUGCAAAAUUUAUUUUGAAUAUUCGGUUUAUAAACAUGUUUAUAAAACAAAAAUAGCAAAAAAUAAGUACCAAUGAUAAUUAAAUAUGUGAUAUUCGAGGUAAAAAUACAAGAUCUAAUAUAUGAGAAUUUAUCGCAUAAGCAUGCAUUUGUUCAAAAAAUAAAGCGUUC